CUUUGUCCAUUUGGUCAGCAACAUGGCAUGUCGGUGCAUAAUAUUAUAAUUUAAUUAACCAAUCCAGCUAUAAUAUAUUGAGUUUCUUUGAAUAUAUAUGGCCUUGUUUUCUCCUCAGCUCCAGGCAUGUGAGAGAGGGGAAGAAACGAUGGGAGGCGAGAUGAAGAAAGGUUUUUCAGUAGCGCUAAUUCUAAUGGUGAUGCUCCUCACCAAAAAUGUUUGCAGAGCUACUUCAGCAAAGAGCAAUGACACUCACACCCACCGCUGCAGCGAUCAGCCUGAGGAAUGCCUGAUUGGAGACAUGGACUCGGAGGAGUAUUCCGUGGAUUCUGAAAUAAGUAGAAGGUUGCUGCAAGUAAACUCAGGGCAAGCUGUAACUGGACGCACCAGCAACGCUAAUCAACCAGCUGUGCCCUGUGGGAAUGCAAGGUACGAUGCAUGCCUACCCAAUCCAAACGGAUCCCCUUCAGAUGGGCAAAAUUGUGGAAUUUACAAUCGUGAAUGCCCCCAGUGAAAUCUUGAGGAGUUGUAUUUAACCAUGCAUAUCUAUUAACCCUUUUACCUUUUAUGAUGUGUAUAUCUUUGUAAUGGGUGUAAAAGAGUCGUAAUACAAUAAAACCUCCAAAUAAAAUAUUUGAUAAAUUAA